AUGGACCACAUCACCCCUGUCCUGGACCAUCAACCACAUCACCCCUGUCCUGGACCAUCAACCACAUCACCCCUGUCCUGGACCAUCAACCACAUCACCCCUGUCCUGGACCAUCAACCACAUCACCCCUGUCCUGGACCAUCAACCACAUCACCCCUGUCCUGGACCAUCAACCACAUCACCCCUGUCCUGGACCAUCAACCACAUCACCCCUGUCCUGGACCAUCAACCACAUCACCCCUGUCCUGGACCAUCAACCACAUCACCCCUGUCCUGGACCAUCAACCACAUCACCCCUGUCCUGGACCAUCAACCACAUCACCCCUGUCCUGGACCAUCAACCACAUCACCCCUACCAUCAACCACAUCACCCCUGUCCUGGACCAUCAACCACAUCACCCCUGUCCUGGACCAUCAACCACAUCACCCCUGUCCUGGACCAUCAACCACAUCACCCCUGUCCUGGACCAUCAACCACAUCACCCCUGUCCUGGACCAUCAACCACAUCACCCCUGUCCUGGACCAUCAACCACAUCACCCCUGUCCUGGACCAUCAACCACAUCACCCCUGUCCUAGACCAUCAAUCACAUCACCCCUGAGGAGCACAGAUACCAGCGACACGAUUCUAGACCAUUCUACAGUGACUCUUCAUCUGGAGACGUCUGCCCCGGGCCUCUGUUCCCGAGGUCCCGAGGCCCUGGACCCACAUGUUGAUGCAUGUUGA